CAGCGACACCGGAGCCGGCACAAGCUACAAUAGCUCGUGUCAUUCCGCUUCGUAUUUCUGCACAACUCCUGGCUAGCAGCCUGUGACGAAUCACCAGCUCGCCGUGUCAGUCACUUCGCUUCUAUAUCCCGUCUAACGUCCGAUCGCAGAAGCAGAGCUUCGUCGUCGUCUUCGUCCUCCUCGUCGGAGACUGCGCACGUGAUCCGCAUGAUGAAGACGCAGAACCUUCCCAAGCCGCCGCCCGAUAACUGGCGCUCGGCGGUGCGGCUCACCACGGCCGUGAUCCUCUCGGGCACCAUAUUCUCGCUCGUCAUGGUGCUCGCCUUCAUCUUCGAGACGACCGUGCUCCUCCCCUGGGACAGCAUUGACACCAAUGACAACACACGUCCUAAUGGGCCCGAGAAAGGAGUAACCGUGGCGGUGGCUUUCGGCACGAACGACACCGCUCUCCCACUCCCCGGAGCCAACGACACUGUGGUGAAGCCCGAGGGCCUUCAGAACUAUGACCAAGGAGAGGGAGACACGGCGGCGCUGCUUUGACAAGCCGGAGUCGUCCGGCCGACAUAGCGUGUUCACAAACUCUCUGCCAGGCGAUAGGCGAAUUCGAAGUGCGUUGACGCAUCGAAACUGUCGCAGCGAAUUCGUUGAAUGUGCUCCAUGAAUUGUCAUACAGGUGGAAAGAAAACUGAAAAACUGGACGCAUUGUUAAGCGCAGUUUCUAAAGUUGCCUCCUGUACUCUGAUAUACACAGAGAAGGUGCGGCAAUUACUCUUAUUCUAAUAUUAUUUCUCGCUUAGAGACCACAUCAUUACGGUGCGUGAGGUCAAUCACAAAGAGAUUAUCUGUGUUUGCACUCCCAAUACCUCUAAAGUGCGGUGAAGAUUGUUGUCAUAUCGUAUCGUUAGAUGUACUGUGCAUUGUUAUAUGAUAAUUUCAUUCAUAUGUUUACAUUUUUCUUGCAUUGCUGAAUAUAUUUAAAACAUUUGGGCUACUUUGCGCAUCUUUUUCUAGAAGCUGUUAUUCAACUGCUUUU